AUUCACAAAAAUAGCCUAAAGAUGAGAGAAAACAACCACUCCCUAAUUUUGUACCAAAAAACUUGCAUAUAAAACCAGAAGCACCUCAUAGUUUGAAAAAAAAGGCCCCCCUCCGUCCAAAAAAAACAACGAAACACCCAUAUUCACAGAAGAGAGGAACCAGUAUAAUCAACUACAAAAUAAAAUUUUUUAAAAAUCAAAAACCCAUUUAAACCCCAAAAAAAAAAAAAAAAAAGUCUCAAAAACGAUCACAAUGGCAAUCAAGCAUUGCAAAUGUCUCUCACUGCUUCUCUUUCUAGCAAUGUUUUCAAUUUUUCUUGCCGGCAUUGCCGAAUCUCGCCCUGUAAACCUUUGCGGUGGAGCCGAUUACAAACGACUGUGCCAGAAGAUCGUAAAGGGGCAGAACAGUCCAUUAGGUGCGACAUAUGAGGUAGUUCACCAGCUGAUAAGUGAGACAAAGCGUGCGAAGAGGAUGCUAUCGCAGUCUGCUUCUUCGAAAUCCCAAGCGGCUCAAAUUUGCAAAGAGAAUUUCGACGAUGCCCUUUUUGAUCUCCAUGUCUGCAUUACCAACCAAAACAACCACGAUAAAGGAAGCUUCAACAGCAACCUCUCGGCGGUUGUGGCCGAUUACGUCGCAUGCGACGAUGCUUAUACAGAAGCAGGGCAGAUUUCUCCUGUCGAUAAGCUUAACAAGAAGUUGCAAAACAUGGCGGAUAUUGGUUUGUAUUUGGAAACCUUGGUUCAUUAAGUGGACAAAAGUAAAAAAAAAGAUAAAAAAAAUUAAAGAGGCUAAUUAAGAGAAAGAGAUCGUUCAGUGAGAUUAAUUGGGCUUUGAAUUAAUUGCAUGGACAUAAUUUAUGGCUAUGCAUAAUUUUAUAAGGGAUAAUAUAUAUGAAGUGGGGGUUUUAAUUUAUUUUUUUAUUUUUUUAUUUUUGUGAUGAAUAUGAUGAAGAUGAUGAUCAACUGAAAGGGUAAGGAAUGUGGGAAUGAGUCGCUUUCUUUUGUAGUUGGUGUACUGGAUCUUCCUUCAUAUAAUGCAAUGCUCGUGCCAUUGUGAUC